AUCUCAGAAAAUCCAUGAAUGGGUUAAUUGCAAUUUCCACACCAAUUAGAAAACAUAGAGGGAGGGAUUUAUAAAAGUGAGAACUGAAGGACAUCAGUUUUAUGUAUAAUGUCAAGAAAUUCAUUUUAUUUUGCUUUCCACACAGCCAGGAAGUGUGGACGAUUAGCAAUGCCACGCCCUGACUCAGCACGUACCCUAGGCGCAUACAGCAGCUCAGGCAAAGGCUAUGCAUACAGAGGGCUAAGCGUGGAGGAGACAGCUGGAAUAGCUAUUCUUGCUAUCAUCAUAGCUGUUGUAUUUGUCAUUGGCUGCUGGUAUUAUAAAAAGCGAAGUGGCUACAAAAUCCUUAAGAACCAACAUUUCGGCUCUGCUGCUAUCAGGUCCUUUCUUGGGGGAUCCAAUGAGAAUACAGAAUGUAAGGUGCCAUUACAAGACUACAGUACCAUAACCUCUGUGGUACCUGGUGCCCCACCAGCCUACGAGAAAAUAUCAUCAGAGUCACAGCCUCCACCAUAUACCCCAUGAGCCACACAGUUAGGCCAUCAUGACCUAACAAAUGUCAGAACUCAAAAGAAUAAAAUGUCUUCACUUAUUUAGUUUACUUACAGACUUGUUUUGAAUACUGGACAGGAAUGUCAUAGCUUGAAGGAAAAACUAAAGCUCAAUGAACAAUAUGUGCUGGGCUUCUGUACCUGCCCAAAGCUACAAAAGCCCAUUAGCGGUAAAGAUCUGUGCCUGCUAAGAUGCCCCUAGCAGCUCCCCCGUAUUUUCUGAAUUGGGGCUGCUGUCACUUACCUAAACAUUUUGAUACAAGGCUGAUCAGUGAUGUGUUCAGACUAACAUUAUUUGGCAGGAUGGUAACCAGUGCAUUCUGCAUUAGUAUUGAUUAAUCAUCUGACUAAUUCAUUGGCAUCACCUUGCCAAUGUUUUGACAACUCCUAUGCUAAGCUUCUCAACAGCAGCCAGGACACACUGAGCAUGCGUAGUGUCACUGUCACUCAAAAUGACUUAACACUAUGGAGAUCUGUGACAGAUUACUUUGAAGGCACUGAUCAUUACUUGUAUCAAGCUGCUUAACUGCUAGCUCAGCAAGUUUGCUAUAUAAAAUAGAGCACUUCUAGUCAUACUCAUAUUUAGGCUUUAAACAUUUUUCGCAUUGCCAGUUGCAUGCCUUUUCACUGUUUUUCAUCACAAUAAAUGCCUUGGUAAACUUUUAUCAAAAAGAAAGUCUCAAGGCAGUUUCUUCAUAACUAAUAAAAAAACAAAUAACCAAACAGGUGACUAAGAGGACACAGUCUUCUUUUAAAAAGAAAAAAAUAACCUAAACAUGGAGGCAAGUUAAUUCAGUCCUAAAAUUACCCUUGAAUAUACUUCCUGUGUGCAUAGAAUAGAGUUAGUGACUCAGAAGUACAUACAUGCCUGUGACAGGUUGAAGUGAACCUGCUGGAAUAAAGAAUGAUAUAAUAAGCAUAACAGUGGCAAGUGGGCAGAUUCUACAUUGCCCUUAAAUAUUGUCAUUUGUUCUCUGAGAAUCCUGGAUUCUGUGCAUCCCUUAUUUAAAAUCUGGUGGUAGUGGGGAGGGGUGAAAUAAAUGUCUAGGAGAACAGCAUAGUCCAGUCCAGAUACUGGUGUGGGGUUCAUGAGUCUCAAGUAUACUGAUAUCAGGAAUUUGGGUAACCAAUUAAUAUUUUAGGGUAUGGGCAUUUUA